AUGGCUGAGACCGCGCCCGCCGCAGCGCCCGCCGCUGCCGCUGCUCCGGCCCCCGCCAAGAAGCCGAAGAAGGCGGCGGGCGGCUCCAAAGCCCGCAAGCCCUCGGGCCCCAGCGUCACCGAGCUGAUCACCAAGGCCGUAUCCGCCUCCAAGGAGCGCAAGGGGCUCUCCUUGGCCGCCCUCAAGAAGGCGCUGGCAGCCGGCGGCUACGACGUGGAGAAGAACAACAGCCGCAUCAAGCUGGGGCUCAAGAGCCUCGUCAGCAAGGGCACCCUGGUGCAGACCAAAGGCAUCGGUGCUUCUGGCUCUUUUCGGCUUAACAAAAAGCCUGGAGAAGUGAAAGAAAAAGCCCCGAAGAAGCGGGCAGCAGCAGCCAAGCCCAAGAAGCCAGCGGCUAAGAAGCCAGCAAGCACUGCCAAGAAGCCUAAGAAGGCAGCGGCAGUGAAGAAGAGCCCCAAGAAAGCCAAGAAGCCAGCAGCCCCUGUUCCCAAGAAAGUGGCCAAGAGCCCCAAGAAGGCAGCCAAGGCUGCAAAGCCCAAGAAGGCAGCGAAGAGUCCGGCCAAGGCGAAAGCGGUGAAGCCGAAGGCUGCCAAGCCCAAGGCAGCCAAGCCUAAAGCAGCCAAGGCAAAGAAGGCAGCACCCAAGAAGAAGUAA